AGUGUUUUGCCAUUUUUAGUUUCUUGUUUGGAUUCUGAGGAGCUGAGAAUUGCGACUUUUGUUUUCGUUUGUGUUCGGUUUCCGCUUGCCAGUGUAACGCUGUAGUUUUCACGUCCAGUGAAAUUCGUGACGAUCGUAUGAAGCAGCGUGCUCUCAUUCGGUUAUGUAUCGUGGAUUGCAAAGUGCAAUCAGCAUUCUCGCCUGUAAGCAUGAUACCUCAGCUCUGGCACUGCGCAAGCAAUGUUUCCCGUUCUUCGUUGUUGCAACAGCGGGACUGAUUUCGGAGAGUUCGGCAGGUGCGCCAUUUUUCGCUUUCAAGGGAUUGGGAAGGGAGCGAGCACCAGAUAAUCGGAAUUCCGCUAUGACUAAUCUGCGCCGCUGAUCGCUAACCAGUGCACUUCCUGCCACCGGUCCCACCUUGACCAUUGAUCCGCCUGCUUGACCAACGACAGCUGCUAUUGUCGGCAUGGAUUCCGCGGGGUCCACCGGGUCCAUCAUCGAUUACAUGCGCACCACGGGUUGCUUCCAGUUCCACUGCGCUACUUGCCGGAAAACCUUCCAGCAUCUUUCCCUCCUGGAGCUCCACAACGCCACCCAUACCUCGCCCGCCGAACCGCCCAGUCAGCGCCAAUGUCCAGUCUGUGAUUUCACCGGCGACGACUUCCAACAGCUGGCCAAGCAUGUCCUCCAGCACGCACUGCGCCGCAACGACUGGGUGCGGUGUCCCUUUUGCAAUCAGGAAGUUGGUCGUAUGGUCGAUGCCGCCAUGCGAGUUCACCUGGAAGCCAAGCAUCCCCGGGAGUUGGAGGUCAUCUGGGCGGACUGGCCGUUCCCCUGCGAACACUGUCCCCGGCGGUAUUUUCUCCGAAAGUGGCUGGUGCGACAUGUGGGCCAGAUGCAUGCCGGCGCCUCCUUAUCACCGGAAGACACGCAGACGUGCCCGUACUGUGGGAAAGUGUUUACGGCGCUGCAUCUGCAUUUGAGCAAGAACCGGUGCCGCGUCGCGUGGGACAUGAAGCCGUAUCGCUGUCAACAGUGCCAGACCGGGUAUUGCACUCACGGGAGUUUCAUGCACCACGUUGUUAAAGCCCAUGGGGGAGAUGUCCCAGUAGGCUCUGGGCAAACGACAGCGGUUGGGUCGGAGGCAGUUGAUGCGUUUUCUGCUCACAGUGAGGAUUUGCCGGAAAACUCGGGUAGCAUUUUCUUCGAUGGAACACCAGCCGCUUCCUUGGAGGAAGAGAACUUGCUUGCUGUCCAGGAUUUUCGGGAAAAUGCGGACGACCGUCUCGACGCCGAUGUGACACACGAGCCGGAUGAUCCGGUCCUUCCCCAGACGGAAUCCAGUGUUGGAGAUCCUGCCUUAAUUGCCACCUCGGAGGCGGACGAAUUAAUAGCAUUACCGGUGCGUGCCGUCAAAGAAGAACUGUUGGGCUGGGUGGACAGCGAUCCCUGGGGAUUGCACAGCACCGAACACCGUAACACGGGACUGCCGUACGGAGAAGCGGAUCCGGAUGCAGCUGGCUGUCUGUCUGCAACCAGUCCGGGGAAUUCUGUUAGUCCAGCGGUGCAGGAUGGCUCGGGAUUCGGCGACACGACCCGGUUGUGCGCAACAGCGGAACGUGUUGAUAGGGGAACGAAUGCCCGCGCGUCAGCGUCGCCUUAUAUUCGUACUGCAAAGAUUUGUGCAGCCCCUCCAGGCACGCCUUCUGCGACUGGCUGCCGUCCUGUGAUCGUACCGGCGCGUUCCAUGAUCCCUGCGCUAGUUGAGGACACGGAAGAUCUUGAUACGACCCUCUUUUGUACAGAAGAGUUGCUUGCUGAUGAUGAAAUCGAUGCCCUUGUGCAGCCCCUGUCCAUUCCUCGAACUGAAGUAGAUCAUCGAUUAAAAUCAACGAAGAAAUUGGCAGCGCGGAACAAACAAGAUGCGGUGAGCGGUCAGAAUAACGCCGAUGGCGCGGAAGCAUCUCCCAACGUUUUCCGUUUGCACGCGUAUGGUGGACGACACGGUGUGCCUGAAAAACCCGUUACCCUGCCAUCACCAGCGGAGAUCGCAGUCGCCUGCGCUUACAUGAAAACCACCGGUUAUUUCUACUACUUCUGCCCCCCGUGCCGCAGCCCUUUCCCAACGAAGCCCUUGCUCGACCUGCAUAAUAAAUUGUGUCAUCCUCCGACUGAUGCCGGCAACACUGACGAACCGGCCGAGAAAUGUCCCGAAUGUGAUUACACCGGUGUGGACAUGCUCCAGCACAUUAACCAGCACGUUUUUAUCAAGGAAAACUGGCUGCCCUGCUUGAUCUGCGGCGAAUCAAUCUAUCUAGGCCAUAGAAAUGGGUAUCAUAAAAUGCGUCGGCAUGUAGAUGAGGAGCACCCCGAAGAGUUUGCUGCGAUUUGCGCCGAUUGGGAAUGGCAGUGCAUGGAGAUGGACUGCCGGGAGAUGUUCUUUUCCAGCGCACGGUUAGUGCGCCAUGUCAGCUUGGCACAUGACACAGAACGAGGGGACAGUCGCGAGACCGUGCCGGACCGCAACGCGCCGACGCCGUGUCAGCACUGCGGUAAGGUGUUGGCGGGCAUCAAUGGUUUGUACAAGCAUCUGGAAUUGUGUGUUACGGGAACGGCGGAAGACCAGAUGGAAGCACGGAAGAAACGGAAACUGAGAAGGAAAUAUUAUGUCACCAAACAGGAACUAAGACGGCGGGCUCGUCGCUUGAUGGAGUUGACCUAUCACUGCGAAGAAAGCCCGCCCGGGUUCAUGACGGAAGUAUCUCUGCUGAACCACGUUAAAAUGCGACAUACCGGCGACAAUGCGGUGUCGUCAGGGACGUUCCGGUGCCGGCAAUGUGAUCGGGGCUUUAACAGCGUCAAGGGUUUGGCUGCUCAUAUCCUAAGGAAACAUCAGGGAUGGAAGUGUGUGUAUUGCGGUGUAUUGAUGACCAAUCACAUGGUGCAUCCGACGCAGCACAGAGUCGACGGCCGGUAUCCCUGUCCGCAGUGUACGAGUGUCUUUGACCGGUAUAUCCGCAUGACGGGACAUAUGGAACGCUGCCAUGGGUCCGUAUCUAUUCGUGAGGGAUCGGCUGGAUUGGAAGCACAUGUGCGCGAGUGCGGUGGAAGUGAUGCGGGAAAGGAUGUCCUGCAGUGUGCAACGGACCAUGACGCUUCUCAGCACGAACACGACGGCGGAGUAGUUUUGCGCAAGAAACUGGCCAAAGCGAAACCUGCUUGUCAGCGGGCUAUUGACACGGAUACGGACAGUAGUGAGAGGGAACUGCUCUCACCAGCGGAAGCCGACGAAGAUGGAGUAAACAACGAUUGGCCCGCCGCUGACCACUGGACGACCGACACGUUAUCAUUGCUGCUCGGCAUCGAUAACCGGGACCCACCUAUUUUACCGCAGUGCGAGCCGGUGAAUGGCGCUGACACGGAAAGAGUUGCGCAUGAAAAUCAUCCUGUUGAUUACGCAUCGCCGUGUACUGCGUUAGCCAUGAAUGGGGCACUAGAGGGUUCUCUACAGUGCAGUUUCUUACCGCCAGAUGUCGGCCAGUCCGAUAUGCUCAGCCACGACACCAAUAUAGACGGCUUAUUUGUGUCUUCCCCUGCCGAAAGCUUUCUUGUUGGAGAUCAUGAUCAGUAUGACCCAUCGGAUUCUAGAACUGCAUUGUCUCCGUGUGGCUCGUCACCACCGACACCGGCGAUUGGAUCGUCGUAUAGCGCUCCGCCUGCGGAAAUUGUCAGUAUAGAAUCAUUAGUGAACGUGUGCGAUGACAUGGAAGCCGGCAUUGUCGGCUCCCCGUAUCCAUCUUCCUCUCGCGAGUCCUUGCCAGCUGGAGAGAACGAUCAGCCAAACCUGUCGGGCCCUUUGAAGGUGCUGCUCCCGUGUCCUUCCCCGUCACUGACAACGACCACUGAACAGUUGUCCGAUACUCUGCCUGAGGCAAUGCCUAGCAGAGAUCCAUUUUUGGAGACGUCCAAUGGCGUGAAUUCGGCCGAGAUCACCGCGUCCAUCAUCGAUUACAUGCGCACCACCGGUUUCUUCCUGUUCUACUGCGCAUCCUGCCGUAAAUACUUUCAGCAACAUUCCCUCCUGGAGCUGCACAACGCCACCCAUACCCCACCCGCCGAACCGCCAAGCCAGCGCCAGUGUCCAGCCUGUGACUUCACCGCCAGCGACUUUCAACAGCUGGCCGAGCAUGUCAUCCAGCACGCACUGCAGCAGGAGGACUGGAUGCGGUGUCCGUUGUGCAAGGAGGAAGUUUGCCGUGUCAGAGGUAGCCGCAUGCGAGAACACUUUGAAGCCGAACACCCCCAGGAGUUGGAGGUCAUCUGGGCGGAUUGGCCCUUCCCCUGCGAACACUGUCCUCGGCGGUACUUUUUCCGGAAGUGGCUGGUACGGCAUAUGGAUCAGAACCAUCCAGGCGCCGCUUUGCCGUCGGACCAUGCGAAAGUGUGUCCGUACUGCGGGAAAUCAUUUACGGCGCUGGAUCUGCACCUGAGCAAGAACCGAUGCCGCGUCGCGUGGGACAAGAAGCCGUAUCGCUGCCGUCAGUGCCAGACCGGGUAUUGCACACACGGCAGCUUGAUGUGGCAUGUUAAAAGUGUCCAUGCGGGAGAUGUCGCAGUAUGCUCCGGAGACGAAUAUCCUGCGAAAUCUCCCCGAGGUCGCAAGAGAAAAGCUGAAAAGGGUCAGAAAACAACGAAACGUAGCAAACGGGAUUUUCCUCAGGACGCUGCGGAUUGUUUACCGGCGGAGGCGAUUGUCGCCCAGGCUAGCGAAACAUUGUUAUCUGCGUCGGUUCAGGGCGUUGCUCUGCGCCAUUCUCCUGAUAUUUCCGCUGAUACCGAACUGGCUGCCCCGUCACUACGACGCAGUCAGCGCUUAUCGAAACUGCCGCAGUAUUCUACAACCAAACCGCAGGAUCGCAGCACUAGUCCAAAACCAAGAGAAACACUAACACCUGCGACGGCAUCGCAGAUGAAAGCAAACGGAUUGCCGUCAGCAGAAGACGACCCCGCGAUAAGUUAUCAUGACGAACAGUUUGUAUUAAACAAUGCAGUUUCCGAUGGGGAGAUGAUCCAGGAUUCUUCUUCGGAGUGGGAUGUUGAAUGCGCGGCGUCUGCAUCUGAAUCCGAGGGAGCCGAUGAAGGAUGUGAUGACUGGUCCAGAUUAAGAAUGGCGGCAAAACGACGGAAUCCGUGUGCUUCACAGAGAGGGAAAGACGGUUCACCGUCGAAGACCGUCAAGGAUACGCGUCAUAAUCAUAAGACCUCUGCGCAACAUAAUCCCAAGCCGGGCAGGUCAAAGCCCAGGGCCCGGGUCCCGAAGGCAGGCACACAUUGCCCAGUUUGCAAGAGAUACUAUAAAGAAAUUCAGGAGCAUUGCCGCGUACAACAUCCAGAAGUGGUUGCCAAGCUAAUUCCCUGUAGUCAUGCGGAUUGUCGGGGAGUGUUUCUAACACAGAGAAACUUACGGGACCACUUGUUGGGGAGCGUUCACAACUCCGUGGUCUGUGGUACAAACAAAAAUCCACGAAAGUCAGCGACGCGUAAGCGGAAACCGGACACACCUCGGCUCGGGCUCCCGACGGUCGCCACCCACUGUCCAGUUUGCGGAUGUCAGUGUGAAAAAAUUGAGCAACACUACCGGGAAAACCAUCCAGAACUGGUUGGAAAGCUUAUUUCGUGUCAGCAGACGAAUUGCAAGAGAGCGUUUCUCACACAGAAAGGAUUACGGUCGCACGUGGUUCGGGCCCAUCCUAACUCUGUCGCAGUUUCCGAAGCCGAUCAGCAAGCCGCUGCAGCGUACAUUAUCGAAACUGGUUUCCUGCAUUUCCGCUGCACGGUGUGCCGGUUGAAUUUCAGCCGAAAAUCCCUGUUGGAUCUCCACACACUGCAACACGAUGAUGCCGUGGACGGCGAGGAGCAGCGCCAGUGUCCCGCCUGCGAGUACACCGCCGCCAGCCUUACGGAUUUAUCCGCCCAUGUGGGGAUCCACGGGUUCGCCACAUAUGCCCAGCAGCCGUGUGUGCUGUGUGGCACGUCGGUUACUAACCACGGUGGUUCCAAAUUGCGCGUGCACAUGGAGCGGGUCCAUGCGGACGUGAUGCAGCAGCGGCAGCAGCGUCAGUGUUUUCAGUGUGACGAGUGCCAGAAGACCUUCGACACGGCCUACGCCCUGAAGCAGCACGUGGACAGAGCGCAUAAAAAUCCGGGACGGAUGUGUUUAUACUGUAACACGAGUAUCGCGAGUUUCAAAAAAUUUGACCUGCACGUAACGGAUCAUAAGGUGGACGAUGCGUUUCCCUGUCCACAGUGCACGGCCACAUUCAGCAGCUACCCAGACCUACAAGAGCACUUUCGCAGCCAUGAUGCCAGUCGUGCUUGUCUGAUUUGUCGGAAGGUGUGUCGCACGGCGAAGCGGCUGGAGCGGCAUCUGCGAGGAUGUCUACGACAGCAAGCAGCGAAGAUCCCAUGGCGCCGCAGUCAACCGAAAGAGCCCGCCAUCAAAUUCCCGUGUUCGGUUUGUGGUAAGCCGAUGGGUGGGGUGGAAACCUUGCAGCUGCAUAUGAAAAAACAGCAUUUUAUCGGGAGUGACCAGGAGAAAAAGCAGCAGUGGCGCAAGGAGAAGAAGACUAAUCCGCAGCUGAAAGAAUUCUUUCGACCGAAGAAAACCAUGGCGUUCGAAGAGUUUAGCUAUCGGUGUGAAGAGUGCCGGGAAGGCUUUCGAUGGUUGAGUGGUUUUCGCAUGCAUAUGGAGAAAAAUCAUGCAUCUGUAGUUGACACAA